AUGGCUUCAAACAGUCUGUUCAGCAGCACCAGCCCAAUGCUGUACUGGGAGCCUGUGCUGAAGAAGAGGCCGACACCAUCACCCACCGACUGCCAACUAGAUGAGCAGGAAGUGAGAUGUGUUCACCAGCGCAGCACAGCGCCGCACAGAGGCCUGGUACAGACUGACAGCCCAAACUUUCUCUGCAGCAGCCUGCCACAUCACUGGAGGUGUAAUAAAACCCUGCCCAGAGCCUUCACUGUGGUUGCCCUUGGCAGUGACAUACCAGAUGGUGUGGUUGUCACUGUGAUGGCUGGCAAUGAAUACAACAGCAGCGCUGAGCUCCGCAAUGCCACAGCAACCAUGAAACAAGGCUACGCCCACUUCAAUGACCUUCGCUUCAUAGGUCGCAGUGGGAGAGGCAAGAGUUUCACGAUUUCCAUCAAUGUGCUGACCUCACCUCCUCAGAUAGCCACCUUACACAGAGCCAUCAAAGUGACUGUGGAUGGACAGCGGCUGCCAAGAAGACAGAGGCAGAAGGAGCUGGGGUCAGGGGCGUACAGAUCAUCCAGCAGCAGCAACACUUCAUCAUCAGAUUGUAGGUCCUUUUCCUCCUCUCUGUGGACCCAUGAACCGUCCUUCAUGGGUCAGGUGACCUCUCUGCCAUCUACCUUUUCUCCAAGACCCAGAAUGCAUCACCUGCCUGUUCUCUCCUACCCGAACCAGCCCACACCAUACAGCUCCUACUUGUCUUCUCCUCCCCCCCCUCCUCUGAGCCACAGUGGUCCGUUUCCACAGGGCACUUUCUACUACGGGCCGACGCACACGCACCAAACACCAGGGGAGGACCGCAGCGUUGUCACAGCAUUGUCCAAUUACAUUGAAGGGGCGUGUCUCUCCAUGAGAGGGGAGGAGCCUGUCUGGAGGCCGUAUUGAUGAUUGAAGGUGUUGUAUUGAAUUCAAAUCUUUGCUUUGUUGCAAGCCCUCUGAAACCUACAAAAUAUAU